AUGAUUCUCUCACCCAACAACGCGUCCACUCGGCCGACGCACGACGAUGCCGACCUGGCCGACGACGUGGAUGAACCGCCAGAUCACCGUAUGCACCACGCGACCACGAUGCACUCCGAAGAUGUCAUCUACACUCGUCCCCCCAUCCCGGAUCGCAAGGAAUCGCUGCUCACCCGUGCUCUCAAGAGUAGCCCCGAGAUGUCUCCGACCGACCAGCACCCACCCUCCCUCCACGACUCGACCUACAUGUACCGCUCCUAUCCGCACAGCAACAUUAGCGGCGUCUCCACGGCAGAGCUCACCAGCGAUGGCGGCCUGACGAGCCCGUCUUUAUCAAACACUCCCAGCCCGCCUCUACCUCCACAAAUGAUGGGCAAGCCAGGCCCAAUGCCGGGCCACAAGGAGCUUGCGCCCAAGGUGAAGGUAGUCGACACCAACGAAACCACCGUGGAAGCCAACCUCGGGCGCAAGCGAUGCAUUAGCUUUGCUUGUGGCCGCAAGACCGAACAACAAAAACCGCCAACCCCGCCACCUCAGCCGGAAGAAAAGAAGGACGUGGCUGCUGAGCCGCUUCAGCGGCGGACCGCCCUCACCUUCGUAUGCCCCGGACGAGACUUGGGAAAAUUGCGAGAUCGCUCGCCGGCAGCCACACGGAAGACCGCGUUCCGCACGCGCUGCCGUGGUUCCCCAGCACCCGUCGGCCGCAAGCCAUCCCCAGACCGAAUGGAUGCUCCCUCAACAGAGAAGGCCACCGAAAUCUCGACGCCCAAAGGUGUCCCCACCAGUGGUCUGGGCAAGUUUGAGGAAUCCGAAGCUACUCGAUUUCACGAAUUCGCCAGCUCGGUCGAAGAGGACGACGAGUGGGUGAACAAGGCGGCUGAAUACACCCAAAAGAUUACCUUGAACGACUGUAUGAAGAAAGAGAUGGCCAUUCGACGGCUCGGCGAAGAGGCCGAAGAGGAGGCUGAGGAGGAAGAAGAAGAAGAUGCCGAGGACGCUGCCGAUGAUGACUCGACCAUCCAUGACUUUUCUUCGGAUGAUGGCAACGAGUCUGACAACGAAGCCGGCUUUGCGGAUUCAGAUGAGAGCGACGACGACGACGAGUACGAGUUCUGGGCUCUGUCGCGCCCGGCUCCGAGUUUUCCUCCCUCCCAAGCUUCGGACACCAUGCCUCCGGCCAUUGAACGUCGCGCCUCGAACACGUCUUGGGGCUCGAUGACCGAUGACCACCAAAAAUGGCUCCCGGCUCCCGUGCAGCGAAUUGCUGGUGCUCGCCCUGCCAAGGUCUCGAAGAUGCGCCCGGCCACCCCCAACCUGCCGGACAGCACUGAUUUCGUUUGUGGAACUCUUGACGAGGAUCGUCCCCUCGAAGUUGCCUACAAGUCUUGCUUGGAGCAACGGCGUAUGUCGAAGCACAUCCUCAUCCCGCAAGAUAUCGACCCCAGCUUCCCGACGAGUUGUCCAGAGGAUGAGGAGGAUGAGGAGGAGGACUGGUCGAAUGACGACCUCAAGGAGGUUGCUAUGCGCCGUGAGGAUUCGAGCCGCGGCCGAGCAGAGGGAUCGGCUCGCAAGCCAUCUCCGCGACACUCGCCCAAGCGUAUGGUGUCCCCGCCGCCUCCUCGUGCCGGUCGGUCGUCACCCAAACGCCUCAAGUCCCCGCCUCCUCGUCUGAGGAUCAAGUCUCCUUCUCCCGAUACCAGCAAAUGGGCCGAGGAUAUGCCUCGCGCCCAGUCACCCGACGGUCUCAACAUCAGCCACCUGGUGCAGCGGCGGCCUUUGGUGCGCACCAAGUCGUUGCCACGGACUCCUAAUCCAUUCUUCACUGGGUUGGAGAAGUCGCACCGGUGGCAGGGCAUUCCGCCCUUGACCGAAUCCCCCGAACGUGAGCGAUCUCGCACCCGGGAGUUACACACGCGCGGGCCCGUCGACAUUGUCGAGGGCCUUGAGAAGAAGCGCCAGAAGCGCAAAGAAAAAUUCUGGCGCCAACAUUGCCGCAAAGCUGCCAAAGAGCAGAUGGAGCGGCGGCCGACCCCCGGCCAUGGAGCCGAACGGAUGAAGGAGCUUGGCCUCGAAGUUGCUGAGAGGUGCAGGGCUUACGGUGUCGGUCAAGACACCCAGCUCGUCCUAUCUGUUUGA